AGCUCAGGAAGAUGCACCAGAGCCAGUGAUGGAGAGGAUGCUGAAGGAUGAGAUCGUCAGACUAACUAACAUCAAGGCUUCUGCCAAAAUCAGGUGGAUGGACUGCCUGUUGUGUGCAGGUGGAGAGCUGAAGGUGGCGCUACUUCUGCAAAAUAACACCAUCGAGACCUACAGCCUGAAGACCUCCGACAAGACCCCCGUCGCCAAUAAGAUGGCUCGUCUCACGCUCGGGGGCCACCGCACCGACAUCCGCACGCUGGCCUUCAGCUCCGACAACUUGGCUGUCCUCUCCGCCUCGGGGGACACAGUCAAAGUCUGGAACAGGUCCACUCUGCAGGUGAUCCGCACCAUGGCCUGUGAGUACGCCCUCUGCUCCCUUUUUGUCCCCGGAGACAGACAGAUAAUCCUGGGAACUAAGAGUGGAAAGCUUCAGAUCUUUGAGCUGGCCUCAGGGAGCCUUCUGGAGACUGUAGAGGCUCAUGAUGGAGCCCUGUGGUCCCUGUGCCUGGCCCCAGAUCAGAGAGGCAUCGUCACUGGAAGUGCAGACAAGACUGUAAAAUUCUGGGAGUUUGAGCUUAUGAAGGACACAGGAACAAAUCAGAA